AACAACAUAUGAUUUAUUUUUCUAUAACAACAUAUGAUUUAUUUUUCUAUUAAUGAGCUCAACUCAUAUAGUCAUUGACAUUGUCAUUGAAAGGCCAAAGCCCAUUAUCAUCGCACUUGUUUUGCUCCCCCCUAAAUUCUAAUCAUAUCAAACAGGACUCUCUCAGUAUCAAUAAUCUAUCUUCCCCAAUCGCCGCUUCCUUUCACUCUAUCUAUCAGCCCUUCCUCUGAAGCGAACCCUAAUUUUGUUUUUGCUACUUGUUUUUCAUUCGAUGGCGGCCACAUCUACCUCCACCGAUUCAAACAAUGAAGGACCACUCCUUAGUGUUGUCAGCAAGCGACUCCGUGCUCUCCGCAAAAAGCUCAAUCGCAUUCUUCAAAUGGAGGAUUCUCUUUCUCAAGGCAAAACUCUUAACAAAGAACAACAAGAAGUUCUCCGCUCUAAAUCGUCUGUUCUCGCGCUCAUCGACGAACUGGAGAAGCUUCGUGCUCCUCUUUCUACCGCUCUUCACGAAGAAAUCUCUAUCGCUCUCAAUUCCUCCCAACAACAACAACACCAACACCAACAACAACAGACUCAGGAGGAACAACUCUCUACUAAUAAUAAUCACCUCGUCAAAGAUUUGUUGCAUUUGAUGUAUUUCGGGAGUUUAUUCGAUGUCAAACCUCAAGGAGAGUUCACUUCUUUGAUGUUGACACGCACUCAUGAGCGUAGUUGUUGCUUAACCUACGAUUAUGUCACUGAUGAUGCUACUGAUCUUCUUGUUGAACGCGAUUUGGACUUAAUUUCUGCUUUGCAAGCCUUGAUAGUUUCUCGUCCUGUCAAUUCCGCUUUAUCUCAUCAAAAUGCUUUGGAGACCUGUCUUAAUCACGCCAAUCUUUGGCUUUCAAAUUCCGAUGAACUUAUUGAUUCUCAUUCCAAUGUUACAUACGCUGGAUUGAGGGAGAAAUUGAAUAAGAUUAUGGCUUCCGAUUACUUCACUGCUACACCACAGAUGAAGGGCCCUGGUGAAGUGGCAGCGGCUGUAGCUGUUGGAAACUUCGGUUCAUUUCAAGUUCCAAUGCACGAGACCAUGGUUCCUGUUGAAGUACCCGUUCAUAUUGAGGGAUCUGCUGAGCAAUUUCAGGAUACGGAGGAGAAUGCAGCUCAUUAUGAAGAGUAUGAGACGGUUGAAAAUCAAACUGUCAGCACUGAUGCGUGUCAGAAGGAUGAUGCAGAAGCAGAGAAUGCUUCUGAGGUGGUUUUGAACCAAACAGAUCAAGAUCAAUCACAGGCGGAGGAAGAGCACGGCUACAAGAAUGCGGACUUCAAGGAUCAACAAUACAUGCCUAGAAGAGGUUCAAGAGGUGGCCGUGGUUAUGGAGGUGGUCGUAGAGGUUACCCUAAUGGACGAGGAGGCAGGAACGGUGGCAGGGGAGGUGGCCCCUACCAGAAUGGGCGCAGUCAACACCAGUACUAUGAAAACAACUACUACCCUAGGAAUUAUUACAAUAAAAGAGGUGGCAGGGGAGGAGGUAGUGGUACCGGUGGGAACUCAUACUACAACAAUUCAGCCGCGGCUCAAGGCAACCACACCCAAGCAAAUAUGGGGGUAGCAUCAUAACACCAGAAAACUUGAAGCUAAUUUUGGGUUACUAUUGGCUCAUUGUUGGUGGGUUCUGGUGAUGUUUUUGCAGUGCCUUUGGCACUGUUGCGUUUGUAGGUCUUUAUGAUGAAUUUGCCAAUUUGGAUACCUCCGUUUGGCUCUCUGCCUUUUCUGUAGUCCAGUGAAUAGAUGGGUUUGGCCAAAAUCUAAUAUAACAUGACCUAGACUCUGGAGAGCUCAUCAUGUUUUGCUCAGCAGCUUGUUUUUCUAGCAUAUUUUAUAUUUUAUGCAAUUUUCUUAAGUAA